AUGGAUCUUUCCCCGGCUCCCGGCGCCUCCACGGCCGCCGAGGUCGCCGCCGCCGCGUCAGUGGACCCUUCCCUUGCUCCCGACGCCUCCACCGCAGCCGAGGUCGCCGCCGCCGCGUCAGUGGACCCUUCCCUGGCUCCCGACGCCUCCUCUUCUGCCAAAGCCGAGGACGAGCGGUUCGCCCUGCUGAUGAGCAUCGGCGAGGAGUGCAUUCAGACCGACGAGCUCAGGCUGCUGCUGCAGAACAAGGAAAAAGCCUUCCCCAUCUGCUACGACGGGUUCGAGCCCUCCGGCCGCAUGCACAUCGCCCAGGGUAUUGUGAAGACAAUCAACGUUAACAAGAUGAUCAGAGCAGGAUGCAAGGUGAAAAUCUGGAUAGCAGACUGGUUUGCUCAGCUAAACAACAAGAUGGGUGGCGACCUAGAAAAAAUCCAGACAGUCGGACGCUACAUGAUUGAAAUAUGGAAAGCAGCUGGUAUGAAUCUCGAUGGUGUUGAAUUCUUAUGGUCUUCAGAAGAAAUCAACAAGCGUGCAGAUGAAUACUGGACACUUGUGAUGGACAUUGCCAGGAGAAAUAAGGUCAAGAGAAUAACGAGGUGUUGUACGAUCAUGGGCCGUGCUGACAACGAGGAAUUGACUGCUGCACAGAUAUUCUACCCUUGCAUGCAGUGUGCUGAUAUAUUCUUCCUGAAGGCAGACAUAUGCCAGUUGGGCAUGGACCAAAGGAAGGUUAACAUGUUAGCAAGGGAAUAUUGCGAUGACAUAAAAAGGAAGCACAAACCAAUUAUCUUGUCGCAUCAUAUGCUCCCUGGGUUCAAAGAAGGUCAGGAGAAGAUGUCAAAGAGUGAUCCAUCAUCGGCUAUCUUUAUGGAAGAUGACGAGGCUCAGGUAAAUUUAAAGAUAAAGCAAGCUUUCUGCCCAUCCAACAUUGUCGAGGGUAAUCCGUGCCUUGAGUACAUCAAGUACAUCAUUUUCCCUUGGUUUGAAAGGUUCGAGGUGGUUCCGAAGGAAAAAAAUGGCGGUAACAAGACAUUUUUAAGCAUGGAUGACCUCAUUACUGAUUAUGCGAGUGGUGCUUUGCAUCCUGCCGAUGUUAAACCUGCUUUGGCCAAAGCGAUUAACGAAAUAUUGAAGCCGGUUCGUGACCACUUCAACACCAGCAAGGAAGCUAAAAAUCUCCUCAACACUGUUAAGAUGUACAGAGUAAGCAGUUGAGGAGAACUAUCUUCCGAUCACUGUAUGGACAAACCAACCCUGGAAGCAUUCUUUCUUGGGAAGAUUUCUUCUGUGUUCCUGCUCUAACUACUCCAUAAUUUUGUUCUAUACAUAUAGACUAGAAAUUUGUUCAUGGA